CCCUGCCCGAAGAACAUGACAACAGCUCAGAAUGGCCAUGGGCAAGGUGUUGCAGCCACCUGUUCAGCCUCAGAUCCAAAGGACCCCAGAAUGGUGACUGUCCCGGCAUGUCAGAAUGGAAGCUGUAGGAGCAGCCCCAGCAGUGACACUGAAGCCCCCGAAGACAGAGUCAGCCCUUCCAAACUCGUGCGUCUUUUCGCUGUGAGCCGGAAAAGAAUGAGUGCCAAUCCUGAGAGGCCCCGUUCCAUGGUCCUGAUGGGGAAUUCUUCAACAUGGAAUGCACUGGCCUCCUUCCGGAAAAUGGGAUCUUUUAAAAAACUGAAGUCUUCUGUCUUUCAAGGAAUUCAGAACCGGGAGGGCUUAGGUGCCUCAAAGGAAGAUGCAUCAGAACAUGACCUGGGAAAAGCAAUCCCUAAUGGUGUGGGAAUUGAUGCUAGCAGAUGUUCCUUGUUGGGACAGUCAUGUGACCCCCACAGGGCAGGGGAAGGAGGUACAUCCGAUGGCUCUGACCCCGAGGACACAGACGAUGCCUUCCAGAGGAGUACCCACCGCUCCCGCAGCAUCCGCAGGGCCUAUGGUCUGGGCCGCAUCAAUCUACUGGAUUCUGAGAAACAUCACACCCCUCAGAACCAUGUUAGGCCCCUGUCCCCCAUCAUUCAGGAGCCCACCCUGUGUGAAAUCCUAGUGAAGGACUCUGAAAACAACAGCAUCAUCUACAGGAGGAGCAAGAGCACAGACAACUUAAACUUUCUGAAGAAAAGUUCCUUCAAACGAAAGUCCACCUCCAAUCUUGCAGACCUCCGAGCGGCUAAUGAAAAGCAAACACCCCAACGGACCCUGAGCAGUUCAUCUGCAGACUCCGAAAAACUUGGUGGGUCAGAGAGAAGGAUGAAACGCUGGAAGAGCCCCAUAAGGGCCAAGGACUUUGACAGAGUCUUAAAACUUAUGAGCAAUGUGACUGAUGUUGCCUGGAAGAGAGAGGGUUCCAAGAAUGGGGCCCCCUCCCCCAGUGAGGCAAACCUCAGACUCCGGCUGCACAGCAGGCUGCAUGAUGACUACUCACGCCGCGUGUCCAGCAGCACCGAGCAGGACAGAAGGCGAGGCGUGUUGCCGGGGCACAGUGCUGCUGCGUCCUGCCCCACAGCUCCUGGCUUCAGCUCUACCCCUUCUCAGGAGCCCCGCCUGGACGUUGACACAGCAGUGUUCCCUCUUGAAGCCCAAAGCUCCCGGGCAUCAGAAAGUGAUGGUCCCUCUGCCAGCAGCCCCUCAAGUCCAGUUGACUCGAAAGUGUUGAGCAAAACCUCCAGUGAGCCAAAUGCAGGCAGCCAGUUUACAUUUGACCCCAGGCAGCCUCCCAUCCCUCUCAGGCCCACCUCGCCCAAGCCCCAGAGCCCUCAGAGCCCAGGGACAGGAGGCACCAAGUGUCCCAACAGUCUCAGUGCAUUGUCACUGAGUUCAGUGGAAAGUGAAGAAAGGACAGAAGAUUCCACUCAGAGAGAGCCAAGGCCUGUGUCCUUCCAGGACUCGGUGCAAACCACAUGUGGUGACGAAGGUGGCAAUGGAAGUGGUAGUGGCAGCCACCCUCAGCUGAGCCUUUGUGGGACAGCCAGUCCCAAGGAAAAUAAGGAAGAGGUAAGGGUUGUGACUGGUGAUCCCUGGAGGCCAGGCUCAUCCCAGGAUGAGGAGAGGACAGAGGUGCCCAGGAUCACCAGGAGGAGAUGGGGCUCCGGGAAGCGGUCCAGACCGCGGCCACUGUCUGACUAUGGCCAGCUGGCCAGCCGAAGUUUGUCCAUUCCUGAAGACUCCGUUGCUGUGGACCCCCAGAGCAAGGACUGUGUGGAUGGGCCCCCCCUGGAGAACAUGUCCUCCACUGGUUCUGCAGACAAGAAUGUUUCAGCCAGCUGUACCAAAGGAGGUCGGAGAAGACGCCCCAUUUCUGUGAUAGGAGGGGUCACCUUCUAUGGCAACAAACAAACAGAGGAAAUCGAGAAUCUUCUAACCCAACCAACAGCCAGGCCACCCGUGCCCGCUCACCAGGUGCCACCCUACAAGGCAGUGUCGGCCAGGCUCAGGCCCUUCACAUUUUCCCAGAGCACCCCCAUUGGACUAGACCGUGUGGGACGUCGGCGGCAGAUGAGAGCAUCCAAUGUUUCUUCAGAUGGAGGUACUGAGUCCUCUGCCUUAGUCGAUGACAACGGUAGCGAGGAGGACUUCAGCUAUGAAGAACUCUGUCAGGCCAAUCCCCGGUAUCUACAGCCAGGCGGGGAACAGCUGGCCAUUAAUGAGCUGAUCAGCGAUGGCAGCGUGGUCUGCGCAGAAGCUCUCUGGGACCAUGUGACCAUGGAUGACCAGGAACUGGGCUUCAAGGCCGGGGAUGUCAUCCAGGUCCUGGAAGCCUCAAACAAAGACUGGUGGUGGGGCCGGAACGAGGAUAAGGAGGCCUGGUUCCCUGCAAGCUUUGUCAGACUUCGAGUCAAUCAGGAAGAGCUGUCUGAGAAUUCUAGUAGUACACAUGGUGAGGAGCAGGAGGAGGAUACCAGCACAAGCCACCACAAGCACUCUGAGAACAAGCACCAGAUGCGGACAAAUGUCAUCCAGGAGAUCAUGAACACUGAACGGGUGUACAUCAAACACCUCAAGGACAUCUGCGAGGAACCUCACUUAAGUGAAAUAGGAUCCUGCUUCCUUCAGCAUCAAGAGGGCUUUGCCAUCUAUUCCGAGUAUUGCAACAACCAUCCAGGAGCCUGCGUGGAGCUCUCCAACCUCAUGAAGCAGGGCAAGUACAGGCACUUCUUCGAAGCUUGCCGCCUGCUCCAGCAGAUGAUUGACAUCGCCUUGGAUGGGUUCCUCCUCACGCCAGUGCAGAAGAUCUGCAAAUACCCUCUGCAGCUGGCAGAGCUGCUCAAGUACACCACGCAGGAGCACAGUGAUUACAACAAUAUAAAGGCAGCCUAUGAGGCCAUGAAGAAUGUGGCCUGUUUGAUCAAUGAGCGUAAACGCAAGCUGGAGAGCGUUGACAAGAUUGCUCGCUGGCAGGUGUCCAUUGUGGGCUGGGAGGGAUUGGAUAUUCUAGACCGAAGCUCAGAAUUGAUUCAUUCGGGGGAAUUGACCAAAAUCACUAAGCAGGGCAAGAGCCAGCAGCGGACCUUCUUCCUGUUUGACCAUCAGUUGGUGUCCUGCAAGAAGGACCUGCUACGCAGGGACAUGCUGUACUACAAGGGUCGCAUGGACAUGGACGAGAUGGAGCUUGUGGAUGUGGAGGAUGGGCGGGACAAGGACUGGAACCUCAACGUGAGAAACGCCUUCAAGCUGGUCAGUAGGACCACAGACGAGGUUCACCUGUUCUGUGCCAAAAAACAGGAAGACAAGGCAAAGUGGCUGCAGGCCUGUGCGGAUGAGAGGCGUCGGGUGCAGGAGGACCAGGAGAUGGGAAUGGAAAUUUCAGAAAAUCAAAAGAAACUAGCCAUGUUAAAUGCUCAGAAGGCAGGACAAGGAAAGUCAAAAGACUAUAGCGGAUGCCCUGUUGCCCCGCCGCACCAGAACCUGCAUCCCCUCCACCAGCGCCACAUCACCGUGCCUACCAGCAUCCCCCAGCAACAGGUGUUUGCCCUGGCAGAACCCAAGAGAAAGCCUUCCCUCUUCUGGAAUACCUUCCAUAAACUCGCCCCUUUCAGGAAGUGAGCAGCAGGCCCAUACUUCCCCUGAGGGACUGUGAAGAGGAGAACCAUGUUCAUUUCUUUUGUGUGAAACCCAGGGAAAGUUUCUUGGGCCCAGUGUUGAAAACUUCUUUGGGGGCUCAAGGAAGGAGUUGGACUCACCUUCACUUCAGAGAUCCUGCUGCUUUCGUGGAAAGGAGGAGAAGGUCAUGACACAUAGCUCUGCCCUGCAUGAGAAGCCCCAAGGAGCACUCUGAGGUGGCUGGGACUUUGGAACCAGGGUCAAGUUCUACAGGAAUGCUGCUGUGGUAGCUCCACAAGCCCCACUAGUGAUGGGGACACUCCUGCAGUUCCAGAGCACCGAGAGCUUUUCAGUGCUAAGGAAAUGACUCAAUUAGAGGAUUGAGUCUGCAUUUGAUUUUGAAGGGAAUCAACGAUGGGGAGUAGCUAUAAUGCUGCCUCUCCCUACCAUGUGUCUGGUCACACUUAGAAGGUGAGCUUUUACUCCCUUUGGUAGUAUUAGGGGAUCAACAGCUGCUUGGAGAUGACCAGGGUGUUCCCUGGUGUCACCUGUGUCUACACAGUUCCCAAAUGUAGGCUUCAUCUUGCAAGGUGCCUCUUCAAGCUAGUCGGGAAAAGUACAUCCAUCUCCUGGCAGCACAGCUUGAGAUGUGGGGGCACUGAGGCAUCCUCCAGGUCAUGCUACUUUCAAGGCCAGCUUGUUUGUUCUUGGCAAGUCGGAUCCUCACCUGCCUGUGUGCCUUGUGUAACUCCCUGAGCAGAAAUCACAUCUCACUCAUUCAUCCUAACCAAGAAACAGCAUUCAAACAACUGUUUGCAAUAUAAAAGCUCAUUUACUUUAAUUUUUUAAUGACAUGAGAAUGCACCAGUUGGAAAGCAUUCUUAAAAACAUCCUGCGCAUCUUCUAACAGUUGUCUCCGAUGUCUUCAUCAGUAAAAUUACAACUCGGAAGAACCCAUGAAGAAAACACAGGGCAGAACAAUCCUGCUUCUCUGGAGUUUAAAGCUGCCUUUGUCCUAUAAACUCAAAACGGUGGAGAUUCACUGCCUGUGAAAGACACCUUAGCAAAAUAUCUAGGCUCAAAGAUAGGAGUCUCUUUUUAAUGGAGGCCACACAGGCUGAUGCCUGCAGAAAAUAAUCUCCUUUUCUUUGCCUAUACUGAGAAGUAUGAUGAAAGUAACUUUUAAAUAGUCUGGAGAAGACAGGCUCUGCACUCAGUGUCCAGAGGAUAUUGUGUCACAUAGUUUGUGGAUUUCUGUUUGAGAAGCUCAUUUUUUUGUAUGCUAUUCUUGCAAAGUUUCUUCCCCCACAGACCCAAGCUUGAGAAUAAACAAGUCUACAAAGUUAAAGAGGAAGGUGUUAACUUUAAGGAUGUAGUUCCUCCUUUCUCCCCUGCCUUGCCAUAUGCAGAGUUAUUCAUGCAUCAAGAAAACAUAACUCUGGACCUCUCUGCUGGGCCCUUAGGGCAUUUUGUGACUAUUCAAAUGCCUGCUUACAUUGGCUUGCUGAGAGUUUGCCUUGCCCUGUGGUUUACAGCCUCAGGGUUGCUUCUUUCUCACCACAGGUCCCUUGACAGAAGAGGUGCUAUGGCUUCGUGCAUUGGUUGUGUGUAUAUGUGUGUGUCCAUGAAUAACUGUUUCAACCUCAGUUGCAUUUAUAUAACUGACAUUUUUACUAACAAAAUGUAAUGAUAUAUUUUGAAAACUACUUUUCUGUGCUAAAUAGAGUUGUUUGUAUGUACAGCAAUUUUGAACAGGUUUUUGUUGUUUUUAAUGUAAUAUAAGAGAAUUGCUUUAAGGUAGUAAAGAAUAUCAUUUACUUAUGUUACAUUUUCAGUGAGGACUCAUUCGAGUAAGGAGUCAGAGGGCUUCCGUUUGCUAGUAUUGACCAAUUGGCAGUGAGCAAAGGCUUUAAGGUUUUGUGACCAGUCCUAACAUGUUUCCCAGCUGAGUCCUAUCUUCCAGUUCCCAUCUACCUCCAUGGACUCCCUAACAGAGAAUCCUGAACACCAGGACAUGUUUUGAUUAAGUCAAAGUCAGUUCAAGACCUGGGAUUGUGAGAAUCAGUUUUGUAAAGCGUGAUGGUCAUUUGAUAAUGUCAUUUGAUUAUAUACUUUGCCUGGGUGGAUUCUACUUGGAUUCUGAGGUGAUUUUGAAAACUGCUAACAUAUAUAUUUUUUUAAAGGCUAGAACAUCCUUUAACUACUUAAAUCUGUCUAGCUUGGGUUUUGUUACUAAAUACCUGGGUUCUGCAAAGAAUAGAAGGCCUCAGGUAUUCUUGUUUUCAGUUUGCCAUACUUCCUUUUUGAUUUACGUCAUGUUCUACUUGGAGAGAGAAAAAGAGGCAACAAAAAGCCCCUGCCCGUGUGAAUUUUAUUGGGAAACCCCACCUCCACCCACUGCCCAAUCUCUCUAUCGUCUCCACCCCCAACCCUGGGUGGGCCUUUUUAUUUUUUGGCCUUAUAAAUAUGUACAAUUUUUAUGAUUUUAUGUACCAGUUUAAAAAAUAAAUUUAAAUUUCUUUUUAAAGUCAGGCUUCGAUGACUUCACUGGUUGACAACAUCUGGAUGAAUUUCAUUAGUGUAUCACAAUUUGCUAACUCUGUGAAAGACAGUUGAAAUGGCCUUGAGCAGCUUUCUCAGUUUUGAUAUCCCUAAAGGUAUGAGAACCCUGUAGUGAAUUAUAAGCCAUUCUAAACAAUAUUUGAAAAGUCCUAGAGAAGGAACAUUCAUUGUCUUUGGCCUGCUAACAAGGAAGAGGGUAACAAGCAGUUUGCCAACACUGUCAAGGGAUACUGUGUGCAUGGUUUGUUUUCAGUAAAUCUGAGUUUUGUCUCCGGUUGGUAGAUGUGAUUUUGUUAUUGAAAACAUAUCACCACCAUCAAUGCCAUAUCCAAAUACUGUACCCUUUUAUACCUAAUCUAUUGAAGACUAAUGCCACAUCCUGUGAUGUUAUUGUAUAGCAAAAGUGUUUUAUUUCAAAAUUUACUUCACAAUAG